UUGUAAAUUAUUAAAUCUUAACUUCUGUGGUAUUUUUCUAUUUGUCCUGUGUGUUAUGUCUAUAGUAUAACCCUACUUUUUAUAUUAAUAAAAAUUCUUUUAUUUAUCAAUAAUAAAGGGAAUAACUGCAAAGUAAACCAUGUUAUGUGGUUAUAAUAAUUUCUGGUUGCAAAAUUAUUAAUAAAUAAUGGAACAAACAAUCGAAGAGACGAAAAAACCCAAAUAUAGCAAAGAAUUUAAGGCAAAAGCGAGUUUAUUUUUGGCUGGUGUCUCAGGUAUAUCAGCAAUUGUUGGCUUUGGGGCUACAUUGAGUGCGGCCAAAAAACAAGACCCAAAAUAUUUUGGAAAGGGUAUGGAAGUUCAUAAAGGGCUCACUGAAACGGGGGCUAGUUUGGCGCUGAGGGCGUUGGGAUGGGGCUCAUUGUAUGCCUUCACUGGCUGUGGGGUUUUGUUUUAUAGUAUUUGGAAGAUUUCGGGGGCUAGUGAUUUUGAGGAGUUUAGGCAAAAAUGUGGGGAGAUUUUGCCUAAAAUAAAGAAGAAUGACCCUCCUGUAGGGAGGACUGAAUUUUCUGGUAUGAAUGAUUUGUUGGAUUAUUUGCAACAUUUAAAGAGUUCAAAAGACAAGUAAAAUAGUGUUUUGUAAAUAUUGUUAAAUAAAACUCGUUUUAGAAAUAA